AUGGAGGUGGAGGAGGAGGAAAGACGCUCUCCACACGAUCAUGUGGAUCGGUGUGUUCCCGAGAGCUUCUUUGAUCGCGUAACGCAAGGGUUACGCGACGACCACGAACAUGAGCGGGACAGGCGUCUCCAAAUGGCGGACACUGCCUUGAAGCAUCGAGCUGAGUUUGCCUUUGAUCAGCUCGAGAACGAGAGAUCUCUGACAUCUCUUCGUGACGAGCUAAGGGUAGCUCGUGGGAUUGUUGAUCGGUCUCGGGAUGAGAUAGAUGCUCUUCAGACCCUUGUUGAUGCCCACCAUCGGGAGCACAAGGCUCUCUGCGAGAUGCUUGAGCGCAAGGGCGUUCUUCAUCGGAAGAAGCAGCGUACUGAUGGUACGGCUUAA